AAUAGCCUGGAGUUGUUUUUAUCUUAAUAGGCACCUUCUUCCUAUUCCCUCCCCCAAAAGAAGAGUAUUUCCCUCCCCCAAAGAAGAGUAUUUCCCUCCCGGACCACCACCACCCUUCCAGCUGUGGCUAUCAAUCCGAUUUUCUUUCCUGCCUGGGAGUGAUGAGGCUCACUUAUUUUGCAGGUAUUAAUUCCAACCCACUUCUCAGCCAACACCCCAGACGCACGUUUCUGUAAAGGAGGGGUGGAUUUAGUUUUAUUUCUGGCACAAGAUUGGACACUAGUUGGCUUUCGUUCCUCUUCUGCCAGCAAUCAAUUCCUGUUUAUUCUGCAGGUAUUUCAACCCGUGCACGCACACCUGCAAAAUCAAACAUGAAGCCUUUCCUGUUUCGAUAGCCUCUGCUUUCAGAAGGGGAGUAUCCGUUUCUUUUACUUGGCCUCUGGAGCAGAAAUCACCCCAGUUUUAUUCUCUAUCAGCCUAGUAGUGAACCCCAUUUAUCCUGAAGGUUGUUAGUUCUAAUCAGUCCCCAUCUUACGCAUACACUAAGUCUCCAUUAUCUGCCCUCACUCAGAAAAACUACACUGCAAGAAACUGUUCCCUGUUUUUCAGACUAGGAAGGAUUUUCUGUGUCCUUUUCUUCCCAGGAAUUGAACCUAGCCCCAAUUCAAGCAGUGUUGUUAAUCUGUUUUGCCCACAUAGGAGCCUCUUUCUUCCAACCCCAAGCGGAGUCAUUCUCCUAUCCUCAGAAGCAGGAGACCUUCCCUAACCCCCAGCCAAUCCUAUUCUUCAUUCAUGGUUCAUAUAGGAACCUUCCUUGGCCCACCAAGAGCCUGGUCUCAUUGCACCAUUGCAAGGAGCGAAGGGCCUGGAAACCUUGGGAGCCUUUUUUUCCCCAGGUGAGGGUAGCUAGAAAAGGAUUGGAGGGAGGGGUGAUUUCCACCCCUAAAUAAUGACUCCAGAGGGUCCAUGAGAAGGGAAGAAGGAGCUCCCCCCCUAACAGACACCGACCUCACUUGCCUGGCCAUGGAGUGUGUGCAGGUUUCUCCCAUGCAGCAGCAAGGGAAAGCCGCUGAGGGGGACCGUCUCCUCCUGCUACUGCCAUCUCCUGCUGUGCAGAAGGAAGAACAGACCAUGUUGAGGGGUUCUGAUCCCUGGGCUUCCUCCCAGUUGGACCCCAGCCGAUGUGGUACUAAACCUCAGAACACUUCAGACUUUUUGGAGCACCUACAAAAUACGGAGAGCCUUCACUCUCAGCACAGCCCUCCCACUCUAGGGAGUCAGCCUGGCAGAGAGAUGGUGGACCAUUAUACUGCAUGCUCUUCGAAGGAGGAUUUGAAAGAGACCGUGAGUUGUGAGGGGGCAGAGGAGCAGCUGCGACCACUGGGAAAAGAGACGUUGAGCCAUCCGCUACAGGAAGAGUCCGUGGCGAAUGAGGUGGCCUGUAAUAACCCCUCUUUGGCAGCAGAGCCUGUUGCGACUGCCCGAGAAUGCUUUAGGGACUCUGAAAAAUCUGCUCAGCAGAACAACCAUUUGCAGGAAAAAUCGGACUCCCCUUCUCAGAACUGUUGUUUGGGCUUGGAAGCAGCAAGUGGAGAGAAUCCAGAGGAUGACAAAACAAGCCAAGGUUCUCCGCCAGAUGAAGAUGGGAAACUCAAGCCUGGGGCAAAGCACGUCACGUUCCCUUCUGACGAAGACAUUGUGUCUGGUGCUGUGGAGCCCAAAGAUCCUUGGCGGCAUGCUCAGAAUGUGACUGUGGAAGAAAUUCUCACCGCCUACAAGCAGGCUUGUCAGAAAUUAAACUGCAAACAGAUACCCAAACUACUGAAGCAGAUCCAGGAAUUUAAGGACCUGACUCCCAGGAUAGAGUGCCUGGACCUAAAAGGUGAGAAGUUAGACUACAAGGCUUGUGAGGCCCUGGAAGAGAUUUUUAAGCGCCUCCAGUUCAAAAUAGUGGAUUUGGAGCAAACAAACCUAGAUGAAGAUGGUGCCUCGGCGCUGUUUGACAUGAUUGAAUACUAUGAGUCAGCCACACACCUCAACAUCUCAUUCAACAAACACAUCGGCACGCGGGGUUGGCAGGCAGCUGCGCACAUGAUGAGGAAGACAAACUGUCUCCAGUACUUGGAUGCCCGCAACACACCUCUGCUGGAUCACUCGGCGCCGUUUGUGGCGCGCGCCUUGCGCAUCAGCAACAGCCUGGCCGUGCUGCACCUGGAGAACGCAAGCCUGUCUGGGCGGCCCCUCAUGUUGCUGGCAACGGCUCUAAAAAUGAACAUGAACUUGCGGGAGCUUUACCUGGCUGACAAUAAGCUGAACAGCCUCCAGGACUCGGCUCAGCUGGGCAACCUCUUGAAAUUCAACUGUUACAUACAGAUCCUGGACUUGAGGAACAAUCACAUUCUGGACUCAGGAUUGGCGUACGUCUGCGAGGGCCUAAAGGAGCAGCGGAAAGGCCUCGUCACGUUGGUGCUGUGGAACAACCAGCUGACUCACACCGGCAUGGCCUACAUGGGGAUGACGUUGCCGCACACCCAGAGCCUGGAGACCCUGAAUUUGGGGCACAACCCCAUCGGCAAUGAAGGGGUACGCAACCUGAAGAACGGGCUCAUCGGCAACCGCUCGGUGCUUAGGCUGGGCUUGGCUUCGACCAAGCUGACGUGUGAAGGUGCCGUGGCAGUGGCAGAAUUCAUUGCAGAGAGUCCCCGCCUGCUUCGGUUGGACCUGCGGGAGAAUGAGAUCAAGACGGGAGGGCUGAUGGCCUUGUCUCUGGCCUUGAAAGUCAACCACUCGUUGCUCAGGCUGGACCUUGACAGGGAGCCCAAAAAGGAAUCGGUCAAGAGCUUUAUCGAGACGCAAAAAGCCCUCCUGACGGAGAUCCAAAACGGCUGCAAGCGCAACUUUGUGCUAGCCAAAGAGAAGGAAGAGAAGGAGCAGAAACUGCAGCAGUCUGCCUCCAUGCCCGAAAUCACGGUCACAGAGCCCCUCGAAGAGGCGCCAGUGGAGGACAACGGGCAGAACGGCGACCUGGCGUCCACACCGGAGGAGGGAGAGGAAGUUGUGGAGGCGUUAACGUCCCAGGAGAACGGGGCAACCGACGACCGAGUCGCCGGCAGCAACGACGAGUCGUCCGACUCGGAUUCGGACACGGACGAAGAGGAGGAUGAGAAAUUGGAGAUGAAGGUCCUCGCUCCGUCGCAGAAGUCCGGCAACCCUGAUCACGUCGAUGACUCACCCGAGCUGUGUUCCCCUGAGAAGUCCAAGGACGCCCUCAGCUCUGAACCCAGAGUCCCCCCAUUGAACGCUACAGAAGAAAUAAAAUGCAAAUCUGGAGCAGGAGUGCUGGGCGGGCUUCCGGCGCAAGCCAGUCCUCCUGGAAAUGAGAGGCGGAUAGCGGUCUCCAGUCCUGGACGAGGCCAUAAAAUCUUCGUUGUGACCCGGGUGGAGAGCCUGCCGGAGGAGACGGCGGAGUGCGGCGCCCGGCGGGAGGAGAGCCCGGCCUCUUCCCCAAAGCAGACUCCUCCUCCGGCCCAAACCGGGCCAGCAAAGACUCCGUGCGCGGACGGACGAGCGGACGAGGCUCUUCCCAAAUUGGCAGCCGGCUUGGAAUCUUCACUUUCCGCGCCGGGCUCCAGUUUGGGGGUUGAAAAGGCGAACUCUGGGCCACACAAGAGCGUGAUUCACGGCGCUCUGCUGCCCAAUGGACUAAAGACGGAGUUUGUCCAUGCACUACCUGGCGCGUCCUUAGGGCGUGAUGGGAAGGUUGCCAGUUGCGCUGUAGAACAUGAGCUGAACUGUUCCAAGAACGAGAAGGAGCUGGAGGAAUUACUUUUGGAAGCGAGCCUAGAGAUGGGGCAGGAACCAAUGUGACGCUCUAGUUCUGGGCCGUUCUGCACCAAGAGGUCUCCUGUUUGGGAAGCACCUGUCCAGCUUUACUCCCUCCCUGCACCAUGUGAUUCUGAAAACCAACAGACAGACUCUGCAAUACGGAGGCAACGUGACGAUUCUCCCCACCCCAAAAGAGACCUUCGUGUCCACUUGUGGCUACUUCUUCUCCUCCCCCACCCACCCCCCACCCCAAAUUCUUAACGUCUUCCCUCUGAGAAGUGAUGCUUUGCAGCAGGGGUGAUCCAGGAAAUGGAAGAAUUGAGAAGACCUUGACCAGGAGAAGAGUUUUCUUACUUGAGUACAGGGCGAACUCUUGACAUUUUGACUGCUUUGGUCUGUCUCUCUGGAACUCGAACCAGGAGGUAACUUGCGGUUUCCUUUCUUUCUGGAAUGACCUUACAAACGAAUUUGCAAAGAGACUUAACUUCCGGAUCUUGGAUCAGUGAGCACUGGACAUGAAUCUUCUCUCCAGAUAUAUCUCGGAGAUUUUUUUUUUUUUUAAACCCACCCCACAGCAACCCCCAAACCUAGAGAUGGAACAGCAGGGCCUGCGUUUUGGCUUUCUGCGCGUUACAAGUGCGACAGGUCCCAGUAGAUCCAAUUUCCCAAGAACACUAGAAGAGAAGAGCGGCUCUCCUGGGCCUGGAUGGGCCAAGUGCCGUCACGCUGUAGCCCACGGCUGAGAAACCCUCUCUCAACCAUGCAAGACUAUUGACGCUGUCAGUCCACAGUACAGACUACUAUUUAUUUCGUUUUCAUUUUCCUUCCCACCCUUCGUUGCGUCUCCUUGUUUUUUUGGUUUUUUUUUUGUCUUUUGUUUGGUGUUCUAUUUAUAUAAGACUACGGGAACCGUUUCCCUCUGGACCUGCAAGCCUUUCAGAAUGACUUGGCUUCUUCGUAGUUGCAGAGCCCCACCUAUGGGGAAAACUGCGUUCGCUCACGCACCCACACGCCCCAAAAUUGAUGGUGGAAAUGACUUUCUAAGCAAGGCCAACUCUUCCUUUCUGGAGCAAUUGCAGUAAGCCGGGAGAGAGAGAGAGCGUGGCUGGAGGAAUCAGGGCCUCUCUGUACAUGCGUAGGUGACUUCGGCCCAUGGACGGGGGAAGCGAUCACAGUUCCAUCCUCUUCUCCUCUUCGGUGGGGGGGAAAAAGGCAAACGUGUUGCAUCUCCAAGGAAGACUUUUGCUUUCAAGCCAUACCGUGCUAAACUUUUGGGCAAUGGGGGAGGACUGGAGUUGUUUCGGUAACAAAUGUCCUAACUGACGGUAAACCUUUCGUAAGCGGCACGUGUGCGGUGGGAGAGAGCAGAGGCGUUCUCCCCACCCUGCACACACCCCGCGCGAUAAAUCUGACGUGAGAAACUGCUUAGGAUGCUGCUGAUGUGUUGGCAGUUUAAUCUACCCCCCCCCCUUUAAUUCAGAACCUCUCUUCGUGUCGCAGGAAUUCCCACAGUUCCUAUAUCUGCAUCAGCUGCGGAUGAGGACAGCCGCGUCGAGAGGAAGUUAGCUUUGCCCCUUCGAAGUCCAAAAUUGCUACCUUUCUUAGAACAAGAUUGAAUCCCUCCCAACCAAAGCUUGCUUUCCUUAAUUGGGGCAAAGAGGCGUGUGUGUGUGUGAGAGAGAAACAGUUGCAAAUAGCACCGCCGGUUGAAAUGUGAAUCAUUCCCAAAGCUCCAGAUUUGGAUCUUCUGGCAGGGAGCUCCGGUCAGAGGCAUUUAAGUACUCAGCACAAAAGGUGGAGAAAUGGGUUGCUGCAGAAAGGGCAGGGAGGGGGAGGGCUUGAUUAUUUUAUUUCUCAGGGAAGGGCUAUUUUGCAGCAUCCCCCCCUAAUCCCCCCACCCCGCCCUCCAGGGUAUAACACUCCCCCAAGAGAGGAGCCGAAUUGCCACGGAUUGUGGGUAGGCCCGAUGGAGCUAGCCUGCACGGCCUUCUCUGUUGACGCCCCCAGCAAGAGAAAAAAUCCGAAAGGUUAUUAUGGAAUGCUGAAUGGUCUCGGUGCAGGCGCCCCCACAGGUGACCUGAAAGAGUGAAAUUGCCCCCCUCAAAUGGGGGAGAGAUGCUUCCUUGCUAGGCAGGGAGCAAGGGCCAAUGGGUGUGCCCUCCUAUAAGAAAGUUCCUCUUGUCAGUGCGAAAGGGAGAGCGCCGGGCAAGGCCUGCAUUGGUAGAAAGGGACAAAAGCAAGCAACCCUGCGUUAUCCGUCUUGGUGGCAGGAGGCACGAGCGCUGUGUGGGUCCUUCAAAUCUCCUUCCUCUUCUCAACUCCCUCCUCCCCCCCCUCGCCGCUGCUGUAAGCACUAAACCCCCAAACUGAACUGCUAGCAGGAGAGGAACAAAAUCAUAAGUAUCCCCCCCCCCAAUAUGUGAUGGACUACUUCACCCCUGUCGUCGUGAAAUGAAAUCUUUGCAACGGUUUUAUGGUACUAAUCCUAUAACUUAAGCAAAAUUGAAAAGGAGGUGUCUCUCCCCCCUUUUUUUUUGUAUAGACUGAACAGAAGAAACAGCUGCCUCCCUCCAAAAAAUAAGUUGUGGGGGGUGGGGGGGGGUGGCUGUUUGGUAGAUGUAGACCUUAAAGCUUUUUUUUUCUUUCUUAAGUGCAAUAAAAUCUAUCAGGGGGCUUGAGAGGGCACUUUUGCUGCAUGGAAUAUCAGGCAGGAGAGAGAAACACAACUGUACGCCCUACAUCCACUUGACCAUGAUUCUCUCUUUUUCACACACACAUACACACACACACACACAUAUACAAGGAGUUUUUGCUGCGUUAACACUACAUUUACGGAAAAGAAGAUGGAGCCAGUUUGAUUUUGUGUUCCUUUUUCUUCUUUUUGUGGGGGGGGGGGGGUCAUGUUUGUCAUUCCUUUCUGUUGUGUGUGGAGUUUUAUUUUUGUUGCAACUGUCUUCUAUUAAAUGAAAAGCUGCAUUCAUCAAGUGAUUUCUUUCGGUCUCUUUUGAGUGGUGGGCUGGGCUGAAUGCAUGACCAGGGCAGAUGCGUUAUAUUUUACCAGUCAAGCCGCCGCCAAAUAAUGGGAUUGUGAAUUGAAAAACGGAGUAAAAGGCCCGUUGGGUUUCUGCACAAGGUUCCUUUUAUUCAUGUAGUGCAACAGGAUUACAUGGUGCUUUUUAAAGUGGCGCAGGACAGAAAGAUAGGUCUCUGCCCUGAGGAUCUUCCAAUGUAACUUUUGUCAGUGGCAAAAGGAAUGAAAGGAGGAGAGGAAGGGGAAGUCGUUGUGCAAACUUGGUUUUUGUUUUGAUUGGCAAUGAGAGGACUAUGAGAGCUACAUUCUAGGGCUUCAGUCCAAAUGGUUUUGGUUUUUUGGUCCCCUGUUUGCCCACAAGUUUGGAGGUGCUGUGCCUCCUGCAGGAACGGAUUUUCAUUGAGACGUCUGUCCACACUAAACUUGUGCUGAUGUUCCCCCACUCACCUCUUUGCAUACAUUAACCAUUGAUUCCUUGCUUCUAAGCUGUCAAGUACAAGCCGUUUUAGCCUUUUUUCUUUUUUCUUUACUUCAUGUGAGGUGUGUUGGUUGCUAGACAUGCAAACAGCUCUGAGAAGGAAGUGGGUAUUGGAGGAAUAGGUGCAUCUUUGCAUCAGGGGAGGGAUUGUGCACUUGCAAAGUUCCAAGGAAAUGAUAGGGGAGACGUGUUCCUUGGUGAAGGUUCCUUAAACAACCCGUUACCCAACCUUUCAGACGCCUGAUAAAAUGACAGCAAAACUGUUUGCAAGGGGUGACGGGCAGGGAGAUUUGGGAGUGCCAUUGUAGAAAACUCCUUUCAUUCUAAUAGAAGCAAUAGUCUCUUGAACUAGCAUCUUCUGGUGUGAGAACGGUGGGACUGUCAGGAAGCCAAAGGAAAAGACGACGGGAUGAAUUCCUUACGUUGGCUUAAGCUUUAAUUUUAUUUUAUUUCCGAACGUGAAUGUGGUGAGGUCUUCCUCUUCUUGCCACUAAAUGUGUGGUGCGCGUGUGCGUCUUGUUUACAUGCUUAUUUUGUUGCGUCUUUAAAAGAUGCACGUUCUGAAAGAUUGUUUUUCAAAUAUUUUCCCCAAAGAUUGGCACGCAAAUGCCCCUGUCCGAGGUGGCCGGGCAGUUCAGCCGGACUGUGCCAGGAAUCCCUGUUGUACAGGCUUAAGAAUUGCCUUGCUGGAUCGAGGCAAGAUUUCAUGUAGCCCAGCAGUGGCCAGCUGUGCGCUCCAGGAACUCAUAAGCAGAGUGUGAAAAUGUUCUCUGCUUUGGUCUGGACAGCUGCUAUGUAGGAGUAAAGUGCUGUCUCUGAAUCCUGAGGUUCGGUUUAGGCCUGUAUUUCCUGGGACAUAGGAGCUCUUGAUCUUCUUACUAGGAAGCUUGUGUUAAAAUGGUGGCCCCACCCCUCCGCUCAGAUAUUGCUCCCAAUAUUUAGAAAGGAUGAAAUGAGGGUAGGAUGGGCAGUUUGGGGGGUACACCACAGUCAGUCAAAGAGUGUCCCUGGAGCCUUGAUUCGGACUUCCAAGCCGCGGUCACAAGGAAUACGGCUCCUUUGGGCAAACUUUUUGUGUGGGUGCGUGGCUCUCCUCCGCCACUCCCUGGUUCAUAGGAAAAUGCUUUACGCCAAGCCCGGCUGUUGGUCCUCCUAGCCCAGUUUCGUCUGCUCUGGCAUCAUCCCUUCAGAACGUUGGGCAGAAAAGGGCUCUUUCCCAUCAUUUGCGGCCUGGUUCUUUUACUGGAUUAGCCUCGUGUGGUGCAGAGCGGUAAAGCAG